GUUACCGGUCUCGCAAUGGAGCGGAAAGGUGAGCUGUGGAGCGGCCUUCGCCACGAGGGGCAGCGGCCACCGGGGCAAGGCCCCGGUCAGCACCAGGAGCGUCGUCUAACCGCCGCAGUCCGGUCCCCGGGCGUGCGGCCCCCCUCCACUGAGGUGGUGCCGCCCCGCAGCCCCCGCCUCUGGGCUGCCGGUCUGCGCCCCUGCGCCGGCAGUCAUCGCCCCUUGUUCCCCGCCAGGCCAGCCCGCGCCUUGGGGCCACUGCAGGGCCCGGCCCUGGGCGGUCGAGGCAGAACCCCGCCCGUCAGCUCCCUGACCCGACUCGAGCUCCCGCCGGUGCAGCCCGCCUGGGCGCUGCUCUGCGCCCCGUGGGCCGCCAGACCCCCGACCGGCCGCCUUGCUGAAGCUGCGGCGCUUGCCCUGGAGCCGCCCCUCAAGCAGGCCCUGCUCACGGGCCUCCCGCCCCUGCUAGGUCUCCACCCUCACCUUGGUCGCCUCCUUUUCUCCACAUUCGCCCUUCAUCCAUCCCUCUCUCCUGCAGUGCUUGCGCUCCAGGCCCGAAAGAAAAGGACCAAGGCCAAGAAGGACAAAGCCCAAAGGAAAUCUGAAACUCAGCACCGAGGCUCUGCUCCCCACUCUGAGAGUGAUCUACCAGAACAGGAGGAGGAGAUUCUGGGAUCUGAUGAUGAUGAACAGGAAGAUCCCAAUGAUUAUUGUAAAGGAGGUUAUCAUCUUGUGAAAAUCGGAGAUCUAUUCAAUGGGAGAUAUCAUGUGAUCCGAAAGUUGGGCUGGGGACACUUUUCAACAGUGUGGUUAUCAUGGGAUAUUCAGGGGAAGAAAUUUGUGGCAAUGAAAGUAGUUAAAAGUGCUGAACAUUAUACUGAAACAGCACUAGAUGAAAUCCGGUUGCUGAAAUCAGUUCGCAAUUCAGACCCUAAUGAUCCAAAUAGAGAAAUGGUUGUCCAACUUCUAGAUGACUUUAAAAUAUCAGGAGUUAAUGGAACACAUAUCUGCAUGGUGUUUGAAGUUUUGGGGCAUCAUCUGCUCAAGUGGAUCAUCAAGUCCAAUUAUCAAGGGCUUCCACUGCCUUGUGUCAAAAAAAUUAUUCAGCAAGUUUUACAGGGUCUGGAUUAUUUACAUACCAAGUGCCGUAUCAUCCACACUGACAUUAAACCAGAAAACAUCUUAUUAUCAGUGAAUGAGCAGUACAUCCGGAGGCUGGCUGCAGAAGCAACAGAAUGGCAGCGAUCUGGGGCUCCUCCACCUUCUGGAUCAGCAGUCAGUACUGCACCCCAGCCGAAACCAGCUGACAAAAUGUCAAAGAAUAAGAAGAAGAAAUUGAAGAAGAAGCAGAAGCGCCAGGCAGAAUUACUAGAGAAGCGAAUGCAGGAAAUUGAGGAAAUGGAGAAAGAGUCGGGCCCUGGGCAAAAAAGACCCAACAAGCAAGAAGAAUCAGAGAGUCCUGUUGAAAGACCCUUGAAAGAGAACCCAUCUAAUAAAAUGACCCAAGAAAAACUUGAAGAGUCAAGUACCAGUGACCAGGAUCAAACACUUACGGAACAUGGUGUAGAGGGUGGUGCAGCAGAAAUUAAUUGCAAUGGAGUAAUUGAAAUCAUUAAUUAUACUGAGAACAGUAAGAAAGAAACAUUGAGGCUUAACGAGGAUCUCCAUAAUGCUAAUGACUGUGAUGUCCAAACUUUGAAGCAGGAACCUAGUUUCCUAAACUCCCAAAGUGGAGAUAGCAGCACAUCUCAAGAAACAGACUCUUGUACACCUGUAGCCUCUGAGGUGUCAGAUACCAUGAUGUGCCAGUCUUCAUCAAAUGUAGACCAGUCAUUGAGUGAACAGGACAUCAGCCAACUUCAAGAAAGCAUUCGGGCAGAGAUACCCUGUGAGAAUGAGCAAGAACCGGAACACAAUGGACCACUGGACAACAAAGGGAAAUUCACUGCUGGAAAUUUUCUUGUUAAUCCCCUUGAGCCAAAAAAUGCAGAAAAGCUCCAAGUGAAGAUUGCUGAUCUUGGAAAUGCCUGCUGGGUGCACAAACAUUUCACUGAAGAUAUUCAAACAAGGCAAUAUCGCUCAUUGGAAGUUCUGAUAGGAUCUGGCUACAAUACCCCUGCUGACAUUUGGAGCACGGCAUGCAUGGCCUUUGAACUGGCCACAGGCGAUUAUUUGUUUGAACCUCAUUCAGGUGAAGAGUACACUCGAGAUGAAGAUCACAUUGCAUUAAUCAUAGAACUUCUGGGGAAGGUGCCUCGCAAGCUCAUUGUGGCAGGAAAAUAUUCCAAGGAAUUUUUCACCAAAAAAGGUGACCUGAAACACAUCACAAAGCUGAAACCCUGGGGCCUUUUUGAGGUUCUAGUGGAGAAGUAUGAGUGGUCUCAGGAAGAGGCAGCUGGCUUCACGGAUUUCUUACUGCCCAUGUUGGAGCUGAUCCCCGAGAAGAGAGCCACCGCUGCUGAUUGUCUCCGGCACCCUUGGCUCGACUCGUAAGCCCCAGCCCAGCACUGCAGCAGAGAUCACACACGGGCCCUCUGCCCCUCCCCUCCAAGCAUUUCCCUGUUCCUUUUUCAGGGAGAAGCUCUUCCUUCAAGGGUUUCUAGAUUUUUUUUUCUAAUCCAACAUUUUCAUUUGGGUUUGCUUAUUGACCCUGUGGAGACCCCCCCCCCAGCCAUGGGGCAUCCUAGGUGAUGUUGGCCUUGAUUGGGCUCCGCCAAAGACUAGUGGACUAAAAUGUGAAACAGCCUCUCACCCUGUUCCUUGUCUUUCCAUUAGGACAUCCUUUAAAUUCUAAGCAUCCUCUUUACUAAGAGCUGUGAAGAUGUAUGAGCUCAUCUUUAAUUCACUGACUCUGAGAGUCCAUUUUCCUAGUGCACAUCCUAUUGCCAGCAUAAGGAUGAGCAGGGAAGGGGGUUACUUCUGUGUACAGCAGAGACAUUAAACUUGCCCUAUCCAGGCUGCAUCAUCUUCCUGGAUUGUUGUGUUCAUGUUUUUUCCUGCAGCUUUGAAGCAACUAUCUUUUUAAAUGAGCUGUAAAAAUACCAAAUUUGGGUGCCAUUAUAUCACUGUUCAAAGCACUGUCAAAUUCCUUAUAUCCUUUAAUAAUUCUUGAAUUCAAGAUCCUUGAAUCUUCAGUCUGAUUUUUGAUGAAACAGAACCACUGACUAGUAAUUUCUUCAGAGCCACAGAUAUUCUGCAAAGUCCUUUCCUAUGUGUCUUCUGUUACCCUAACAGCAAAGUUACAUUAACUGGCUGUUUGGUUUUGGUUUUGGUUUUGGUUUUUUUAAUCCCUGGCUGGCACUUUACUCAUUGCACUUGAGUUUAUUGCCCCAUAACUAAAGAAUAUGGAUAAGUCUAGAAAGGAGAUAGGGAUUUCAUAGGUUUCUAGCCUAAGAAGAAACUUCCUGAUUCUUUUCCAGUCAUUCCCCUACUUUUGUGUAGUCUUUUCCUUGACCUUGUCUAAAAUAUAGCCUUAAAGCAGUUUCCUUCUGUGGCUUUGCCUUUGUUAUGUCCUCGGAGGCUUCUGGUCUUAAACAAAAUUCCAGGAUAAAAGAACCAAGGGGAAGGGUGGGAUGGCACUUCCUUUUUUUUUUUUUAGUUUAAGACUAGCCAUUCUCUGCUGCUAUUUCCUUGUAUAAUGGAAGUUUUUAACUGCAAUUUUGAGAUUAUUGAAAUGUACUUGAUGUUUGUUUUGCUUUUUUUUUUUAAUGAGAAGAGGCUUUGUGAAUCUUAUUUAGGAUGGGCCUCUCCUAGACUUGCCCUAGAUACUACAUAUUUCUUGGGUCAUAUUGAAAAGUAGAAGAGGGGCAGAAUUGGGGUCACAGCCACUUGUUCAGCACGGACCAAGUGGGCCUUGGGGUUUACAGCACUCUCCAGAAGCAGCUCCAGGACUGAUUUGCAGAAUGCUAAGGAGGUGUGACUUGAGGCUCUACUAGCAAAGCUGCUGAUGAGACUGUUGGGUAGCCGACUUUUCUGUACAGAGAUUGGAGUCCAGAUUCUGUCGUUUGUCCACCAAUAAUGACAGAGGAAGAACUGGUGCAGUAAUGCGAUCCAUUAACUCGUAAGCAUAUUACUCUGAGUAAUUAUAGCCAGCCAUUCAUCGGGUCCUUGAUUGGGUAGUCCUGAAAUCAGACAUGUUCCUGUAGAAAGAAUUUUAAGUGAGGCUGUCUAUGCACCUAUCAAGACUAAAAGAGAAUAGAUUAUAUCAAACAACGGCAGGGAAAAUCCUUCAGCAGUUCUAAUCCACUUUGGGUGUUCAGCGAUAACAACAUCUAAAGCAAUAGCAGACUAGAACUGAAUUCUUUUCUAUGCUGUGAAACCACAAUUGUAGAAUUAAAGGAAUUCUGGUGAUAUUAAAGUGAAAUAACUAAAAUACACAUAAAUAGAAGGCCCCAUUUCAAUAAUUGACAUGAAAAGAAAUUUUAAUGAAAGAACCUAUAACUUCAUUUUGGAAAUGUUUCCCCACCAAAUAAGGGCUUUUUCUCCCUUUUGCUUAAGGAGCCAAAUUAGAAGCUGUAGAAAGAGGCAGCUGUUGUAUUUGAUCUUCCAGGUACCCCAUAUACCUUUAUUGAACUUAUAAUACUGUUAAAUUGCCAAGAUCUCACUAAAGGAUUUCUAUUUGCUGUCAGUUAAAAAUAAAAUCCCAGAUACAUUUUUAUUCUUUC